AUGCAAGUGUGGCCCAAAAAGCACGACCCCUGCCUUUCCACGAAGGGCUACUCGGCCCCCGAAUUUAUUGGCAGAUGCUUCGACGCCACCGCGCCGAGCUCCGCGUACGACUCCUUCGCUACCGGCGUCAUCUUGCUGGAGCUGCUCUGUGGGAAAGGCAGCUUUGACAUCUCACGUCCCGAAAGUCCCUGCACCGGCUGGCUCAGCUUCGGAGUCGAUGCCAAUGCGGUGGAGACAGCGAUGCAGCUGACGAGGGUUAACGCCUCGCAGCGCCCUUCGCCGCCAGGCCGGCAAGGGAGGAGGGGUGUCCCGGCUUCGUGA